AUGGGACAAAAGGAGAUUGUAAAGCAAAGCGACGCCAAGCUUCAUUCGCAGAUUUUUUUAAAACGAUUACUUGGAAUGCAGAGAUUAAAAACGCUGCAUUUGCUCUUUUCGCUUGAUUUGUGGAACAGUAGUGAAAAAUUUGAAGAUUUUGAUAGCGAGAGUCACAGAGAAGUUUCUCCAAGUUUGAGCAGUACCGAUGAAUCAUAG